CUCCGUUAACUCGAAAAGAUACAAAUUUUAUCCUUCCUCUUGUUCUAAGGACAAGCAACAAUGGAAUGGCCAUGGUCGGCCAUCGCUGCUGCUUCUUCCUCUUCUUCUAGUUGCUUCUUUGCUUCUCCUAACUCUUGCUUGUCUAUUACUAGACGAGCGAAUUCGAGCUGUGCUAACAAAUAUCCAUCGAACAUUUUGGUUAAAUCCUUGCGACAUAGCAGAUUCGACUCGAAGCAUAUUCUCGUUUCGAUCUUUAAACGUCGAAUCAAUGGAGAUUCCGUUGUUCGGAGAAGCACCACUAGCAAUAAAAGCACCGAGGAGACUGAAUCAUCAUCGUCUUCGUCAGUAGAUUGCGUUGGAAUGGGAUCAGACGUGGAAUGCGUCUACAACGGAGAAGAUGAGGAGAAUCGGAGCUCCGGAAUCUUGAACGGCGGAGAAGGAACGUUGCUUGAAUGGACGGUUCUGAUUUCACCCUUCUUUUUCUGGGGAACGGCGAUGGUGGCGAUGAAGGAAGUGUUGCCCAUUACUGGUCCUUUCUUCGUGGCCGCGUUUCGGUUAAUUCCGGCUGGUUUGUUGCUUGUCGCGUUUGCAGUUUACAAAGCCAGACCUUUGCCUAAAGGAAUCAAUGCUUGGCUCUCUAUUGCUCUCUUUGCUCUUGUGGACGCCACUUGUUUCCAGGGAUUUCUUGCUCAAGGGUUACAGAGAACUUCUGCUGGUUUAGGAAGUGUUAUAAUUGAUUCUCAGCCACUGACUGUUGCUGUAUUAGCAUCUUUCUUGUUUGGUGAGUCCAUUGGAAUAGUGAGAGCUGGAGGUUUGCUUCUUGGUGUUGCUGGACUUUUGCUUCUUGAGGUUCCAUCAGUUACUUCAGAUGGUAAUAACUUUUCCUUGUGGGGAAGUGGAGAGUGGUGGAUGCUUCUUGCAGCUCAGAGCAUGGCUAUUGGCACUGUGAUGGUCCGAUGGGUCUCAAAAUACUCAGAUCCAAUUAUGGCUACCGGUUGGCAUAUGGUAAUCGGUGGCCUUCCUCUUUUGGCGAUUUCUGUUAUAAACCAUGACCCGGUUUUUAAUGGCAGUCUUCAAGAGCUAUCCACAAAUGAUGUUAUAGCACUUCUCUACACAUCCAUUUUUGGCAGCGCAGUUAGCUAUGGUGUUUACUUCUACAGCGCUACUAAAGGAAGCCUAACUAAACUCAGCUCACUCACCUUCCUGACACCAAUGUUUGCAUCAAUCUUUGGAUAUUUGUACCUCAAUGAGACUUUCUCCUCAUUGCAACUGGUGGGAGCAGCAGUCACUUUGGUCGCUAUAUACUUGGUAAACUUUCCCGAAGGCAACGACUGAGACACUCUUUCAGUUCUUACUUCACUUAUAAACUUGUUAUGAAGGUGGAAAACGUAUCAAAGUAUCAUCAUGUUCAAUAUAAAUUGUAUAUAGUAAAAUGAAUCAUCAUAGUUCAGUGUUAA